AUGCUUAAGGUUGGCGACCACUGCUUGUCAACAUUAUUCUUUGUUGAUGAUCAGGUACUAAUUGCUAAUGGUGAAGAGGAUAUAGAUUAUAUGUUAAGGAAACUACAAGAGGAAUAUAAUCUAGCGGGAAUGAAAAUGGACAUGGCCAAAACAGAAUAUUUAAGAAUAGGUAAAGAAGGCAAAGAUCUCGACUUGUGGUUAAGAUUGGUUAAUCAAUUCGAAGAGUAUAAAUACCUUGGUAGUAUUCGGUCUAACAAAGGCUCAUCUGUACAAGAGAUACAACGCAAAAUUCAACAGGGACAGAGGAGUACAAUAUACGGAGCAAUUGUGGAACCAAUAAUGACAUACGAAUCAGAAUCUUGGCAGCAAAAAGAACCAAUGAGGAGGAAAAUAGAUGCUGUAGAAAUGGAUUUUCUCAGAAGAUUAUGUCGCAUAUCUAGGUUAGAACACAUACCAAAUGACGAGAUUAGACGCCGUACACAUCGAAGGCACAGAACAACUGAACGAAUUGAAACAAGACAACUGGCAUGUUAG